UUGUGGUCAGAGUUCCAGCAUGCUAACAUGAAAACACAGAGGGAGGAGAUACGGCGGCGGGUUAACAGCCACGGGGCAACUACACAUUUAGCUCUAUGUCUGUAGUAAACAUAUUUUCGGACAGAGAAGGAUAUCUGGACUCCUACGAGUCUUCAAUGUCGGCCCUUCAGGCUCAGCAUUGCUGCUAGACUUCAUCCUCACACAACACUACUGUACCAAGACAAGCUUGGCGUGAAAAGCUUUAUUGACUUCUAUGGUGGUGUGGCAGGAGUACACAACUCAGGAAGAUGGCAUCACCUUUUGUGCCUGUUCCUGUGCCCAUGGACAGAGCCUUGUCCCGUGGUAGCAACAAGCUGAGACGAGCGCAGCGAGCUUCAUCGCUGGGAAGCGUCUCCAGCAGCUCAGAGUCUUCGUCUUCAAUCGCCAAGAUGGCUGGGGAGGAACAUGGGGGAGUCGGAUGCGGAGAAUUAGAUUCCCAACGUCAGUCUCGCUGUGCGGACAGGGGUGGCCGCAGCCGAACGCCCCCACCCCUUCAGAGCCCUGUGACACGGGCUAAGUUGAACGGGACUCUGGAACCAUCUGUCGAAUACUCGAGCUGUCCGCGGUCUAUAUCGGAUCCUAGUGGUAGCCAGCAAGCUGAGGAGAGGCCUAUCACCCCCACUGUGCUGGGGUAUGAGGUCAUGGAGGAGAGGGCCAAGUUCACGGUGUAUAAGAUCCUGGUGAGAAAGACUCUAGAUGAGAGCUGGGUUGUUUUCAGAAGAUACGCUGACUUCUCCAGACUCAAUGACAAGCUGAAGGAGAUGUUUCCAGGCUUCCGCCUCUCACUGCCUCCUAAGCGCUGGUUCAAAGACAACUAUGACAGCAACUUCCUGGAAGACAGACAGCUAGGACUGCAAGCUUUUUUGCAAAACUUGGUUGCACACAAGGACAUCGCCAACUGCCUGCUGGUGAGAGAGUUUCUGUGUCUCGAUGAUCCACCUGGGCCUUUUGACAGUCUGGAGGAGAGCAGGGCGUUCUGUGAGACUCUGGAGGAGAGCAACUAUCGUCUUCAGAAGGAGCUGCUAGAGAAACAAAAGGAGAUUGCCUCCCUAAAGAGGAGACUGGAGGAGAGGGAGCAAGCCAUCCUACUACUGGAAAAGCAUAUCAACGAUGAGUGUGUUAGUCCAGAGUCUCCAUGUCGGCUGUCAGCUCAGGGCAGUGAGAGCAGUGCAGAUGUGGAGUCAUCUGCUGCAGAGGCCGAUCAGGACAUCCCUGAAGACACCGGCAGUGCUGCCCCAAUGUGAAAAUAAAGAGCCCCAUAACGUGUGAGUGGCAGGUGUGAGGUCCAGCCUGUGCGAUCCUCUGCCUGUUGGUGCGGUCCGUCGCUCAGCGUCUCUCCUCCCGUCAUCCAGGUCACUCAGCUCUACCACAAGAACUCAGAACACUAACAAUAAACCCG